AUGCCAAACGUCGGUCAAGCGCCUCCCAUCCUAGACUUCUCAAAGUUCUACCAAAACGACCCAGCAUCCAAGAAGCAGCUUGUAGACGAAGUGCGAAACUGUUGCCUGCACAAUGGCUUCUUCCAGAUCACGGGUCACAACGUGCCGAUCGAGCUGCAGAACAGGAUGAUGGACUGGAAUAAAAAGUUCUUCGACCUACCACUGGAGGAGAAGAACAAGGUGAACAAAGGUACGUUCAGUACCACCAUUAAGCAAUGGCCUUUUGGCACAUCAGCUCAUCCACACCCCCAUCUAGACACAACCAACACCUGGAACCGAGGCUACGAGCUCCUCAAGUCUCAAAUCCUCGAAGCCGGCACCACGCCCGAACUAAAAGAAGGCUUCUACAUCGGCGACGAAAUCCCAAAAACGCACCCCUACUUCCUCGCCAAGAAGCUCAACUCCGGACCCAACAUAUGGCCGUCCUCUACGUCCUUACCAAAUGUCCGCGAUUUCAAAGCCACGUCCUUGGAAUACUACGCCCGCGUCGUCUCCCUCGCAAAAGACAUCCUCAAAGUCCUCGCUCUCACACUCGAUUUGGAAGAAACCUACUUCGACGCCUUCGCCACAGGCGCAGUAGCAACAAUGCGCCUCCUGCACUACCCGCCCCAACCCCCGUCCAGCCCCAGCCACCUCACCCGCGGCAUAGGCGCCCACACAGAUUUCGGCUGCAUAACCAUACUCCUCCAAGACACCGUCUCCGGGCUGCAAGUCUACGACCACGCCACGAAAGAAUGGCUCGAUGUAACCCCCACCCCUGGUGCUUUCGUCAUCAACCUAGGCAAUCUGAUGAUGCGGUGGAGUAACGACCGGUAUGUGAGUAAUCUGCAUCGUGUUAUCAAUGUGAGUGGGAGGGAGAGGUAUAGUAUUCCGGUGUUUUUUAGCGGGAAUCCGGAGUAUGUGGUUGGGUGUUUGCCGAAUUGUAGGGGGGAGGGGGAGGAGGGGAGGUGGGCGGAGAUUACGGUUGAAGAGGCGAUUUUGGGGGGGUAUAGGGAGAGUUAUGGGAGGGCGGAGGAGUGGAAGAGGGGGCAGGAGGAGACGAGGAAAGGGGAGGGCGCGAAGAUGGAUGUUGGGGCGCAGGAGAUGGUUGUUGCGUAG